UCAAGGAGUGUGCCAAAGCCAUCUCUGAAAAGGACUCCAACAAAAUCCACCAUUUUCUGUGGAUGUUGAACGAGCUGGCCUCCCCCUAUGGCGAUUCCGAUCAGAAACUGGCCUCUUACUUCUUGCAAGCGCUGUUCUGCAGGGCCACGGAAACCGGGCAGAGCUGCUACAAAACCCUAGUCGCCGUGGCAGAGAAGAACCACUCCUUCGACUCUGCUCGAAGGUUGAUCCUCAAGUUUCAAGAGGCGAGUCCGUGGACAACGUUUGGGCACGUGGCUUCGAACGGUGCGAUUCUCGAGGCACUCGAGGGAGAGACGAAGCUCCACAUCAUCGACAUUAGCAACACUCUCUGCACCCAGUGGCCAACCCUACUCGAGUCGCUCGCCACCCGAAACGACGACACGCCGCAUCUCAAGCUCACCGUGGUGAUAACAACCACAAUAGUGAAGCCAGUGAUGAAGGAAAUUGGGCAAAGAAUGGAGAAAUUCGCAAGGCUAAUGGGAGUCCCCUUCGAGUUCAACCCCAUAACAAAUCUCAACCACUUGACCGAGCUCACAAAGGAAGCCCUCAAAGUUGAAGAAGACGAAGCCAUAGCCAUAAAUUGCAUUGGAGCCUUGAGGAGAGUGAGAAUAGAAGAAAGAAACAAUGUGAUCACAAUGUUCAAGUCACUAAACCCUCGAGUUUUGACAAUUGUGGAGGAAGAAGCCGAUUUCAUAAGCUCCAAAAAUGACUUCCAAAAGUGCUUUGAAGAGUGCCUUAGAUUCUACACUCUCUACUUUGAGAUGUUGGAGGAGAGCUUUGUGGCAACAAGCAAUGAGAGGUUGGUUUUGGAGAGAGAGUGUUCAAGAAGCAUAGUGAGGCUUUUGGGGUGUGAUGAGAGUGAGGGAGAAAUGGGAAGUGAGAGGAGAGAGAGAGGGAGGCAAUGGAGCAAAAGGCUGAAAGAGGCAGCUUUUUCCUCAGCUGGGUUUAGUGAUGAUGUGAUGGACGAUGUCAAGGCCUUGCUCAAGAGGUAUAGAUCCGGCUGGGCGGUGUCGGAUCGACCCGCCGAAGAAGAAGAGGAUGCCGAAUCAAGGGUCGGAGCUUACUUGACGUGGAAGGAAGAAUCAGUGGUGUGGGUUUCAGCAUGGAAACCCUAGGAUUAUUGACCGAGAGGCCGUAACAAUGUGGCGGAAGGUUUUAUAUCGCUGAAGCUAGAAACGAAACACUAAAAAAUUGUAGCCCGAUUGGAUUCGGAGGAUGAAUAAUUUUCACUAUACCACUAUAUAUUCAUAAAGUUGGUUUUUUU